CUCCAAAACUAGGGGUAACCGAAGCCCAUUCGCCGGCUGCUACCGUUGACCAGCAAGUUUUGUGUGCAUUGAAGCGCAAUGCGCUAUUUAAGCACUGCGCAUAGUACUGACAUCCCAGGGGCCCAGCACCCAGCACCGUAACCACAGCAGCACAGCGCCUCCUCUGUCUCUAUUCCCGUUCCCCGGAGUGAAAAACGAACAGGCCAAAAAGAAGAAGACCGGAACGCAACAAAACCCCGCGACCAUCUCUUGUUCUGCCCCUCUUCUUCUUCCCCUUGGACCAAGCAAAGAACCCCGCGACCAUGGUAGACGCCCGUCACGAGCCCCGCGAGGCCGCCGACAGCUCCACCCCCGACGCGGCCGACGACUUCGAGUUCCGCGUCCUGUCCACCGGCGGCCUCGUAUCGGCCGGCGCGGGCGACAUGUGCGUGGCGGACGAGCUCUUCUCCCACGGCAGGCUCCUCCCGCUCCGCCCCUCGUCUUCCGACGCCCUGCUCCCGCGGUCCGAGUCCGUCGCGUCCACCGCGGGCUUUGGCUCGCGCUCCGACUGCCGGAGCGCCAGCUCCAGCGGCAGCAGCAGUGGCUGCGUCAGCCGCAGCCACUCGUCCAAGAGCGCCUCCUCCGACCACGCCGCCCCGCCGCCCCGGAGGUCGCUCUCGAGCAGCCUGUUCUACGCGCACCCGAGCCCGUCACCGCAGCUGCGCUCGCGGCCGCGCCGGAGCACGGGGUCGGCCCCGCCGCCCGCCGGCUGGGGCUUCAUACGCCUCGGCGUCGUCGGGGCCCCGGACGUGUACCCGCCGCGCUGCGCCGACGGGGCCAAGAUCACCGCCGCGUCCAGGGGCGGCAGCGGCAGGAGCGCGAGGUUCGAGCAGGCCGCCAGCGCCAUUGAGAGGAGCUUCAGGAAACAUGGCGCGGGGCUGUUCGGCGACCGCUUUGGGUGCAAGUGCUCGCCGGACGUCGUAGAAUCCGUCAAGCUGCCGGAGUCGGCGAGGAAAAGCGGACUCGCCGAUGGGAACGUCAAGAGAGGCCGCGGCGGGCGGCGCAUUAGGAUCCUCGACUGGCUCGAAGAGCUUUCCACCACCAAGGCCAAGAAGUAAUCAUGUGUAAAGAUCGUGCAUUUCUCUGAGCCGCUCAUGCUCAAGGAAGCAUUUCUAGAUUUGAUCAUUAGAUUUUUUUUUUCUCUCUCCCUCUUGUUUGAUUAACAGGAGACGCUUAAUUCCAAAGAAAUAACUUUGUUUGUACAGAUGAUCUCAUGGAGUAGUAUCGCGAAGAUACUUGAUCGUGCAUCUGUGAUAAUUUAAUGCCAGGAUAUUUCAUUGCAAA